GGGGAAAAUGUUGCACCAACUCCACGGGCCCCGCGGAACUAGAAUGCAGUUUAUGGGUUCAGCUAAAGCUUUGGUCUAUAUUUUGUACGGAGUAUUAUUUUUAUGAAAUACAGUGAGUACGACAGUACGUUAGAAAUAAUACAUAAACUUAAAAACACUAGAAUGCCGAACUAAUAAAACUUCAAAUCUGAUUCUGCCUCUGCCAACUCCUCCUAUAAAAUAUCAGACACGAAGCUUAAUAUCGCUCGCUAAAGGCCUAUUUUCUUGUAGUGCUAGUACACAAUAAGUAUGGAGCACCAACAGGAAGAAACAUCCAUUCCUCACGUUCUCAUCUUCCCUCUCCCGUUACAAAGCACAAGCAACUCCAUGCUUCAGCUAGCUGAGCUAUUGUGCCUUGCUGACCUUAAAGUCACCUUCAUCAACACAAACCACAAUCAACAACGUCUCCUCCGUCACACCAACGUCCAAUCUCGUUUCGAGCAAUAUCCUUCAUUCCAAUUCCUCACAAUAUCUGAUGGCCUAUCCGAGGAUCACCCGCGUUCAGCCGAACAAUUCGGAGAUAUUAUUAGUUCCUUGCAGACCAUGGCGGAGCCUUUCCUCAAAGAAAUGCUCAGUGAUGUAGUGGAAAAACCAGUCACAUGUGUCAUAGCAGAUGGCCUGUUUUAUUAUGCAGUGGAUAUUGGAAAUGAGAAGGGAGUUCCAGUUAUUACCUUUGACACUAUUAGUCCUUCCUGCCUAUGGGUUUAUCUCUGUCUGCCAAAACUCAUUGAGGCUGGCGUUCUUCCCUUCAAAGGAAAUGACUUGGAUGCCUUGGUAACACAUAUACCAGCCAUGGAAGGUCUUCUCCGACGACGAGAUCUUCCACACUUUUGUCUCUUGGAUGAUUAUAAAACCGAUCUAAAUUCUCAAGCCGUUUUUAAGGAGAUUGAGCGGAUCCCAAAAGCUCAUGGGCUCAUAUUGAACACUUUUGAAGAUUUGGAUGGGCCUUUUCUUUCUUGUAUUCGCUCUUACUUUCCUAAAACAUAUGCAAUUGGACCAUUGCAUUUGAACUUGAAGACUAAACUUGCUGUUAAAGCUACACCACCAUUAUCGUCCUCAAAUAGUUUGUGGGAAGAAGACCAUACUUCCAUUAAAUGGCUUGACGUGCAGUCCAAGGGAUCAGUAAUUUAUGUAAGUUUUGGUAGUCUUGCUGUUGUUUCAAGAAACGAGAUUUUGGAAUUUUGGCAUGGCCUGAUGAACAGUAAAGUUAAAUUUUUGUGGGUCAUGAGGCCUAACAUUUUAAAGGGAGGUGGGUCACAUGACGAAUUCAUGAAGGAACUCGUGGAGGGUUGCAAGGGAAUUGGUUACAUAGUGAGUUGGGCUCCACAAAAGAUGGUGCUAGCACACCAAUCCAUUGGUGGGUUUUUAACCCAUAGCGGGUGGAACUCAACAUUGGAAAGUAUCAUCGAGGGAAAGCCCAUGAUUUGUUGGCCACAAUAUGUGGACCAAAGAGUCACAAGUAGAUUAGUAAAUGAGUUUUGGAAGGUUGGGUUAGACAUGAAAGACAUUUGUGAUAGAUACGUUGUAGAGAAAAUGGUAAAAGAUCUUAUGGGAACAAAAAAGGAUGAGUACAAGAAAACGAUUGAGAAAUUAUCAGAACUGGCAAUAAUAAGUGUUCAAGAAGGAGGUUUAUCGUACAAUAACCUCAACUGUCUCAUCGAUGACAUCAAAGGGUUGACUAGAUCUACAGAGAAUGGAAACGUAAAAAUGUGACAAGUUACUAGAGAAAAGAAAUGUGUUUGUGAUGAACUUGUGUUGUUUUUGUUUUCUUCUCCAACUUCCUCCUCGGUUUCUUUCACAUUUUGUUAAUGAGAAAUUGGUUGUUACCUUCUCCAAAAAGUAAUAAAUAUUGGAUGUAAAGCCUUGAAAUUUUUUCACUAAGUAUUACUUCUCGGUCAGGCGCUAUAUUGGACAUAGGGUUAUUUGAAAAAUUGUAAAGAUGUAUAAUACUUAAAUCUUAUGCUUGAAAGUUUGUGUGGAUAUUUAAAAGAGAGGAGAAGUAGUUCGGACAAGUUGAAAAUGUGUGAGACUUGUUAUAACUCUAUGUUGAUUAUAUAUUCAAUUUGGUGGCCUAACUGAAAUGUAUAUAUCUCUCAGUUUCAAUUAACUUAAAAUGUUAUGGUAACAUUUUUACGAUGGUGUUAGAACU